AUGACUCCGGAGCGCUCAAGAGUAAGCCCCAUGCGGACCGCCCUCUUGGGCCUCGUCCUCGCCGUCUCCCUCACCUCCGCCUCGGCCGCCCCGGCCGCGAACCCGCCCUCGGAGCUCAUCUGCCACACGUCCAACCCUGAAGACUGCUACCCGCGCCACUUCCAGGCCAAGGAUGAGUUCCAGACUGUCCACGAUGACCAGGACCUGCCUCCGGGACUUCACGUGCGCAUCAACAUGCAGACGGGCAAGAAGGAGGCCAAGAUCAACGUCCCCGGCGAGCUGGACCCGGCCCUCGAUGGCUUGCCUGUCGACGAGGCCUCGGUCGUCGUUGUCCCCGAUCAAGACCAGGACGAGCGCCCUCUGCGCUUGCCCAAGGGUGCCCCUGCCUACAGCCCCGUCGGCAAGAUCAAGGAGCCCGAACAAGAGGCCGAGACCUUUGUCGCGGCCAUGAAAAUGCUCAGAAAGGGCAAGGUCCGCCACGGCCACGCCUUUGCCGAGCAUCUCGAGGAGCUCGAGGAGCUCUCGCACGACAUCUACUACGGCAUGAAGAUUGCCGAGGACACAAAGGUCGUCAAGGCCCUCCUCUGCCUCAUGGUCAGCAACCCCAAGAAGCCGGCGGCCGCCGACGCCAGCCUCGCCCCGCACGACCAGCAGGCCGCCUCCGUCCUGGCCGGCGCCCUGCAAAACAACCCGUCGGCCCUGGAAAAGGUCGCCGGCGCCUGGCCCGAGCUCAUGGACGCCAAGUGCCCUGACGCGGGCGUCUCCACCAUCGGCCACGCCCUGUACUCGAGCCUAGCCCCCUAUAACAACGCUGACGCCGCGGGGGACGCCAAGCAGUCGGCCUCGCGCGUCAAGGCAAAGGUCUUGGUCAUCAACGGCCUGCUCAAGAACGGCACCAUCAGGGGCGAGUUCCUCAGCCGCGGCGGCAUGGACCACCUGCUCGAGGUGCUCGUCUCCGAGGGCCGCGACUGGGCCGCCGCCCAGCGCAAGGCCGGCCAGCUCGUCCUCGACAACUUCCUCGACGGCGACAUGGGCGCCACGCUGGGGCUGUGGCCCCGCGUGCCGCGCCUCAGCGACGAGCAGUGCCGGUCCGAGGCCUUGAAGACGGCCGAGGGCUGCUGGGACUACCACGUCGCCCGCAUCACCAAGGGGAACAGGUAUGAAAAGGGACACUGGAGCACCGAACUCAACGCCAAGCUGGUGGUGGCGCGUGGAGGUGACCCGACCGCGCAGGCCGACGGUUCGCAACGCGCGGAGCUGUAG